UCCGUGGCAGCUGAGGACGGAGACUCACAACAGCAGCAGGUAAAAAAACGUGUUUUACAUCAUUUUCUGUCUGUUUUAGGUACGGUACAGGCUUACUUGUUCUAGAUUGACAUGGUCAAGAGUCAUGUAUUCUAGAAUGACAUGAUUGGCACCUUGUAGACUGACACAGUUCACAUUCAUCUCUUCUAGACUGACAGGAUCCAGACUUGUGUUUUCUUAAUGGACAUGAUCCAAGUCAAAUUGAUGUCUUCCAGGCUAACAUGGUUCAGACUUCUGGGCAUAUCUUCAUUGUCAAGAAUCUUCCAGACUGACCUGGAACAGGCUCAUGACUGAUAUGACUUUCUGCAAACAUAUCUGCAACAUUUCUGCAAUCGUAUUUCAUCCUCCUGUGGUCUAGACUUAAUUAUUCUAGAUUGACAUGCUCCAGAUCUAUGUCAUCUAGACUAACAUGGACCAGACUUGGUUUCUGCAUCGAGGCAAAACUGAGCAGUCUUCUAGGUUGACAUGUUUUUCUGAUGAGCGAGAUGUUCGUCAUGUAGUUUAGACAAACUUGGUCCAGACUUGUCUUGUCAGGUGCAUGUCCUCUAGAUUAACUUCAUCCACACUCAUGUCUACUAGACGAACAUGAUCUAGACUUUGUGUCUGCUAACAAGUUCUUGGUGUGUUUUAUUCUCAUGGUCACAGCCUCGUGAUGUAGACUCCUGUCCAUAAUAUCGUUGUAAUCUUUCAAUCCACCUGCAGCCAGCAGCGUGUGCCAGCAGGACACUGCGGUUGAGUGGGCUUAUUGUCAUGAGUUCGGACGAGGACGCGCGCUGGUUGGAGUGGGUUACCAAACAGUUUGAGAGCAUCGCAGGAGAUGACAAAGAGAUUGACCUGGACGAGUUUAAGACCGCUCUCAAGGUCAAAGAGUCUUUCUUCGCUGAGCGUUUCUUUGCGCUCUUUGACUCGGACGGGAGCAGCUCCAUCAGCCUGGACGAGCUUCUGGAGGCUCUAGACCUGCUCAUCCAUGGCAGCGAGACUGACAAGCUCAAGUUCCUCUUCCAGGUCUACGACGUGGAUGGUGAGAACUGCAAGAACCUGCAAGUACAUGGCCUACUAACAAUACUAAGAAGGAGGGGGUGUCACCUAGGAAGUGGUUCAAUUGAUCCCGACGAGUUGCGCACAGUUCUGAAGUCGUGUCUGCGUGAGAGUGCCAUCUCGCUCCCGGAGGAGAAACUGGAUGACCUGACCCUGGCGCUCUUUGAGUCGGCUGACAAAGACAACAGCGGCGCCAUCACCUUUGAGGAGCUCAAGGCCGAGCUGGAGAACUUUCCAGAGGUGAUGGAGAACCUAACCAUCAGUGCUGCCAACUGGCUCAAGCCUCCAGAAGUUGACCAGAAGAAGCGCCAGACUCCUCGCUACUUGACCCGAGCCUACUGGCACAAUAACAGUCGCAAGCUCCUCUUCCUGUGCGGCUACGCCUGCCUCAGCCUCGUGCUCUUCAUCGGCGCUGUCCUGCAGCAUCGUCACGGCAGCGCCUGCUACAUGCUGGCUAAAGGCUGCGGACAGUGUCUCAACUUCAACUGCACCUUUGUCAUGGUGCUGAUGCUGCGUCGCUGUCUGACAUGGUUGCGGGCCACAUGGGUGGUGAGGGUCUUUCCUCUGGACCAAAACAUCUUGUUACAUCAGAUUGUGGGCUAUGCCAUCCUGGGCUACACUCUCGUACACACCACCGCACACGUCCUCAACUUUGCCCAGCUGUCGAAUCACAGCGGCUUCAGUCUUUGGGAAUACUUGCUCACCACACGGCCCGGGAUCGGCUGGGUCAAGGGAACGGCUUCGCUGACAGGAGUGGUUCUUCAAGUGGUGAUCUGCCUCAUGGUGCUGUGCUCCAGCACCUUCGUACGACGCAGUGGCCAUUUUGAAGUAAGAUGCCAUCGCGAUGCUGUAGCAGUGAUCGCCUUGCUGUCGUCUACGCCAUCAAGUGUUUCUAUCUUAACCUGUCAGGUGUUCUACUGGUCUCAUCUGUCCUACGUGUGGGUGUGGUCACUGCUCAUGGUCCACUGUGCCAACUUCUGGAAGUGGUUUGUGGUUCCGGGACUGCUCUUCCUGCUGGAGAAGAUCAUUGGAAUUGCUGUGUCCCGCAUCGGAGGUCUGUACAUAGUUGAGGUCAACCUGCUGCCAUCCAAGGUUACUCAUCUGGUCAUCAAGCGCCCUCAGUUUUUCCACUUCAAGCCAGGAGAUUAUGUCUACAUCAACAUUCCGGUCAUCGCCAAGUACGAGUGGCACCCGUUCACCAUCAGCAGCGCUCCGGAACAAUCGGAUAGUCUGUGGCUGCACAUCCGCUCGAUGGGUCAGUGGACCAACCGCCUGUACGAGUACUUCAGGCAGCCUCAGAGUCCAGCGCCAAGUCAGAGGAGGCUGGCAGCGAGCCUGCGUAGCAGACAGCUGACAAAGACUCCGGAUGACUUGUUCAACUCACCGCAAUUUAACGACGUCGUGGCGUCCAAUGACGACGACACUGUCGAGCUGACCAUGUAUCGUCAGAACGGUUCCCGGACCAGCGCCUCCCCUGUGACCUUGGUGCAAGAUCCUCUUUCUUCAGAUGAACUGGGGCCUGCAGAAAGAGGCGAGGCCCCGCCCAUUAGAGAGGUUUCUGCAAAGUUUGGCGAGAAUCACCGCUUCUGCAACAUCAAGUGUUAUGUGGAUGGACCCUACGGAACCCCGACCAGACAGAUCUUUGCAUCGGAGCACGCCGUCCUGAUUGGGGCAGGCAUUGGCAUCACACCCUUUGCCUCCAUCCUGCAAAGCAUCAUGUACAGGUACCGCCGCAGGAAGCAGAACUGUCCCAACUGUAACUACUCGUGGUGCGAGAACAUCAAGGACAGCGAAAUGAAGCUCCGCAAAGUGGACUUCAUCUGGAUCAACCGUGACCAGAAGUCCUUUGAAUGGUUUGUCAGCCUCCUGACCAAACUGGAGCUGGACCAGGCUGAUGAGGAACCCGAAGGUCGCUUCCUGGAGAUGCACAUGUACAUGACGUCCGCCUUAUGUAAGAACGACAUGAAGGCCAUCGGCCUGCAAAUGGCGCUGGACCUGCUGGCCAAGAAGGAGAAGCGUGACUCCAUUACCGGCCUGAGGACCAGAACUCAACCUGGACGUCCUGAGUGGGGGAAGGUAUUCCAAAAGGUGUCGGAGGAGAACAAAGGCAAAGUUCAUGUGUUCUACUGUGGUUCUCCUGCGCUGGCCAAAGUCAUCAAAGCUCAGUGUGAAAACUUUAGCUUCAAUUUCUACAAGGAAAAUUUCUGAGGAAAGACUCGUUCAUGGGGCAACAAACAGUAGGGGGCACCACUUGACUGGUCUAAGCAAUGUGGACGUCCAACAUUUCAGUGCCUUGCUCAGAGGAUGCCAAUUACAUGGGUCUUUUCACAUUGAAUGAAUGAACUACUGCCAACUUGACUCGCUUCCCUGGACUGGCUGCUUUUUGACAGCACUACCACUAAUAGUUAGCCUAAAUUAGUCUGCUUUAUUUACUCAUAUAGUCCAUUUCAACAAUUAACAAUUAGCGACAUCACAGUUAGCAACAUUAGCAAGUUUACAUUACAUACAAUUAACUUUGAAUACAUGACAGAUUGAAGGGGAAAAAGCCGAAAGAGAAAGAAGAAAACAUUUUUUUGUCAAAAAUGAGCAAUGGAGAUGUUUUCUACCCCAUUUUCCUCUGUCACAUUCAACAUCAAUGUACAUAAGCAUAAUUGUAAAAUAUCUUUAACGUACAAUCUAUACGAACUAAAGUACUUUUUUUUCAAGUAGGCACUAUAUGUUAGAAUAAAAUGUAGAUACAAGUAUUAUUUUGUUAGUUAUCACCCUUAUAUCCAUUUGCUUAGAUAAUAGAGUGUUUGAAUGUGCUGAAGAGAGAAUGUUCCCGUGACCCUGAUCAGAGACCCCCAGCGACCCCCGGGUCCUGGAGGUGCCUGGAAGUGCCAGCAACGAGCCUGCAAAUGUUCAUGUUAAUCCUGCACGAAUAUGUCAAGAUAAGAACUCGUAAAACAAUAAAAGUAAUUACUCUCACAUAUACACACACACAUAGACAAAUAAAUACAGCUCGUGCAACUGACCCCCCCAGAGUUGCACGACCAUGUAGUAGGGACCCCCGAAAGAGAAUAAAAAGAGAGGAGUGUGAACUGGAGCGGCAUGUCACUGGGUAUGUGGUUUCACUCUCCUCGCUGCGAGUAACUUUGAAUAUUGUUGUCUGUCUCUUCUGUAUUUCUGUAUUUAAGUGUUUUUAAAAGUGUCACAGGAGUUUGAACCUGACACUAUACAGAGAAGUUUAGUGUAAUAAAGGUUUCCUUCUGCUUUCUUUGCAACUUUGCUGCAAUAAUACAUUAUUGAAAUUAAUCCAAAACUGAUUAAUUAUGAAAUUGUACAUUUAAAGAUAGCAAAACGAUGUAUAAUAUUCUUUGUAUGUUUAUAUUGUUUGUACUUUUGAUCAAAAUGUUAAGAAUUGACAUUUUGCACUGUUGGAUCUUAAGGAGGUUGUUAGUAGAGCUUAAAAAUACAAAAAGAAGAAACGGGAGUGAGACAUAAAACAUAUGAGUAAGCAAUUUAUUGUA